AUGGCCUGGGGCUUGUUCCUAUUCACAAUCCUGGUGUCCAUCAUUGGUGAGGGAGAUUCAUUGGGUGGAUGGGAAAAAAAUCUGAUAUGAAGCAGAGAGAAGCAUAACCUGCCCUUCCAAGCCCUGCCCUUUGCAAAGUAUUUUGUGUUGUCCACUUUAAAUUAACCUACUGAUUCUUUUCCUUGCUUCCUUCCAGGUCCCAGUGUCCAGCAGUUACAGACUUUGAAGGACCCAGAAUUUGUGGCUCCAGGUGGGACAGUCACCAUGUCUUGCAGGUUCGACAGCGGAAACAUUGGUGAUGGCAACUACCCUUUCUGGGUACAGAAGAAACCUGAGAGUAAACCCUGGACACUGAUCUACUACACCAGCACCCGACCGUCUGACGUUCCAGCCCGUUUCUCUGGGUCUCGAUCGGGGAAUGUGAUGUCCCUGACCAUCACGGGGGCCCUUCUGGAAGACGAAGCUGCUUAUUACUGUUGUGUGUGGACUGGGAGUCAGGGGCACAGUGCUUCAUUGGGAUGGGGAAGUGAGACAAAAACCUCCUCUCCUUUGCUCUCUAUGUAUGUCAACAGAAACUGAACUCCCUGCUGUAGCCUCUGUUUGUUUGCAUAAGUGAAGGGUUUAUUGAGCAUGCAUCCCUGCACCAUAUCUGCAGGGAGGUUCAGCGAAGCCUGCUAUUUAUCAAGCACUCAUUCUGAAUAUGCAUACACAGCCAGCAGCAGACCGUCGUCGUUCCAGCCCAUUUCUUUGGGUCUAGAUCAGGGAAUGGGAUGUCCUUGACCAUCACCCCUGGGCAUCCUGUAGGUGUCACUGUUGCCCUUUCCACUUUGGUUGGAUGGAGACACAUCAAGGAAGUGUUUCAGAUAAAGGCAUUGGAUACCUAAACAGAGAAAACAGGUGGAGGAAAACGGGGCUCCACAUCGCCAUUUGGCAGCACAAUUUUUUUUUUUAAAAUAAUUUUUUAUUAAGGUUUUAAACAAAGAAAAAAGAAAAACAACACACACAAAAAACAAUACAAAACUUAACAAUGAAAACAUAAAACAUAACAAUUAAAAACAAACUCUCUUUUCCAUUUCCAAUUUUAAAUUACUUAUUUUCUGGACUUCCUCAUACCUCCCUCUUUUGUAUUCCAAUCCACAUUAUUUGUCCAGCAGUUUCUUUUCCACUUUUUAUCCCAAUCUUUAAUUUAAUAAAAUGUUAAAAUAUAUAACUUCAACUUUUUUAAACCUAAUCCUUACUCUUAAUGUCAUAUAGCUUUAAAUUUUUCCCUUUUAUUAUCAAAUUUCCAUUUCUUUAAACAUCUUUAAUCUUAAUCUUUAAUCUUAAUCUAUCCUUAACUUUAACCUGUACAGCUGGAAACCACUUAUUUUCAAUCCAACAUCACUCUAACAUUCCUUAAUUUUGCAGUGUUUCUGAAGAUAGUCUUUGAAUUUCUUCCAAUCUUCCUCCAUCGACUCUUCUCCCUGGUCACGGAUUCUGCCAGUCAUUUCCGCCAAUUCCAUAUAGUCCAUAAGUUUCAUCUGCCAUUCCUCCAGCGUGGGAAGUUCUUGUGUCUUCCAAUACUUUGCGAUGAGUAUUCUUGCUGCUGUUGUUGCAUACAUAAAGAAAGUUCUAUCCUUUUUUAACACCAUUUGGCCCACUAUGCCCAGGAGAAAGGCCUCUGGUUUCUUGGGGAAGGUAUACUUAAAUACCUUUUAAAAUUCAUUAUAUAUCAUUUCCCAGAAAGCCUUGAUCUUUGGGCACGUCCACCAAAGGUGAAAAAAUGUAUCUUCAGUUUCUUUACAUUUCCAACAUUUGUUAUCGGGCAAGUGAUAGAUUUUCGCAAGCUUGACUGGGGUUAUGUACCACCUGUAUAUCAUUUUCAUAAUAUUCUCUCUUAAGGCAUUACAUGCCGUAAAUUUCAUACCUGUGGUCCAUAACUGUUCCCAGUCAGCAAACAUAAUAUUAUGUCCAAUGUCCUGUGCCCAUUUAAUCAUAGCCGAUUUCACCGUUUCAUCCUGAGUAUUCCAUUUCAGCAGCAAGUUAUACAUUCUUGACAAAUUCUUAGUUUUGGGUUCUAACAAUUCUGUUUCUAAUUUGGAUCUUUCCACCUGGAAGCCAAUUUUCCUGUCCAAUUUAAAUGCCUCCAUUAUCUGAUAAUAAUGAAGCCAGUCUCGCACUUUGUUUUUUAGUUUUUCAAAACUCUGCAAUUUCAGUCUAUCUCCGUCUUGUUCCAAAAUUUCCCAUUUCUUUGGGUCUAGAUCAGGGAAUGGGAUGUCCUUGACCAUCACCCCUGGGCAUCCUGUAGGUGUCACUGUUGCCCUUUCCACUUUGGUUGGAUGGAGACACAUCAAGGAAGUGUUUCAGAUAAAGGCAUUGGAUACCUAAACAGAGAAAACAGGUGGAGGAAAACGGGGCUCCACAUCGCCAUUUGGCAGCACAAUGUUAUAUUGCAUAUGCAACGCUUAUUCUUUCCCCAUCUUGCUGAGUCCUAAGUAUCAGUUUGCUUCCAGAUUCUCUCCGCGGUUCAGUUAUUGCUUAAAUCGUGCUGUGCAAUGUUUUAUAUUGUGAGUGCCUCUUUAUUAUUUAUAUUUGUGUUUUAGAUGUUUUCAUGCACGCUGCCUAGAGAACUUCAGUCAUGGGGUGUCAUAGAGAUAUUGUUUAUAUGAAUAAAUUAGAUUUGUCCUAAAUCAACAACAGAAAAUGAGCAGCAGAAUUUGCUGCUGUGAACCAGAGCCUUUUCACACUGCAGGAGGGGGGAGAAUCGGACUGGGGAAGCCCUGUGGGUGUGUCAUGCAGAAAGUGGAAGGUUGGGGGAAAUGGCUAAAAAUGGCAGUGGAGCUGGUAACAUUUUGACUUGGAGUCCUAUUUGACUGGAUGGGAGAUUCCAUCAUGAGGAAUUCUAAUCUAUGUAUGGCUGUAUGCAAGGAAGGUCCUUUAAAAGAAAAAAAAGGGGGGAGGAAAAAAAAUGAAUCUCUGAAUCUCUGCUCUACCUUUUUUUAAAAAUCAGAACCAGUCAAGGCGGUGAAAGUCCUGUGUUAGUUUCUGGAGGCUGUUGGAGGAUGGAUGGCAGCUAACAGAUUGAGGUUGAAUCCUGACAAGACAGAAGUACUGUUUUGGGGGGACAGGGGUGGGCAGGUGUGGAGGACUUCCUGGUCCUGAAUGGGGUAACUGUGUCCCUGAAGGACCAGGUGCACAGCCUGGGAGUCAUUUUGGACUCACAGCUGUCCAUGGAGGUGCAGGUCAAUUCUGUGUCCAGGGCAGCUGUCUACCAGCUCCAUCUGCUACGCAGGCUGAGACCCUAUCUGCCCGCAGACUGUCUCACCAGAGUGGUGCAUGCUCUGGUUAUCUCCCGCUUGGACUACUGCAAUGCGCUCUACAUGGGGCUACCUUUGAAGGUGAUCUGGAAACUACAACUAAUCAAGAACGCGGCAGCCAAACUGGUGCUUGGGAGUGGCCACCGAUACCAUACUAUACUGGUCCUGAAAGACCUACAUAGGUUCUCAGUAUGUUUCCGAGUAUAGUUCAAAGUGUUGGUGCUGACCUUUAAAGCCCUAAACAGCCUCGGACCAGUAUACCUGAAGGAGUGUCUCCACCCCCAUUGUCCAGCUCCGAGGGCCUCCUGGUGGUUCCCUCAUUGUGAGAAGUGAGGUUAAAUGGAACCAAGCAGAGGGCCUUUUCAGUAGUGGCGCCCUCCCAUCAGAUGUCAAGGAAAUAAACAACUAUCUGACUUUUAGAAGACAUCUGAAGGCAGCCCUGUUUAGAGAAGUUUUUAAUGUUUGAAGUUUUAUUCUGUUUUUAGUGUUCUGUUGGUAGCCGCCCAGAGUGGCUGGGGAAACCCAGCCAGAUGGAUGGAAUAUGAAUAAUAAUAAUAACUAUUAAUAAUAAUAAUUUUCUCUGAAUCCAGAUCCUUACUUCUUAAAUUCCCAGCACCCUGAUACCAUGACCAGCAGAGGGAUGCUGCUUUUUCUGAGCUAAUCCUUCAGCCUCCAGACACAGUAGUUAAGGAAUUGCGCAUUUGCAUGAAGGGGCUGCUCCCUUGACCUCUGGGGAUUUAAGAGAGGCUGGGCAGAUGCAAUGGGAUCUCUUUUUUCUUUAGAGAAGCCCACUCUGUAGAUUUCCUCAUAAUGGCCUGGGGCUUGUUCCUCUUCACAAUCCUGGUGUCCAUCAUUGGUGAGGGGGAUUCAUUGGUGGAUGGGGAAAAAAUCUGAUAUGAAGCAGAGAGAAGCAUAACCUGCCUUUCCAAGCCCUGCACUUUGCAAAGUAUUUUGUGUUGUCCACUUUAAAUUAACCUACUGAUUCUUUUCCUUGCUUCCUUCCAGGUCCCAGUAUCCAGCAGUUACUGACUUUGAAGGACCCAGAAUUUGUGGCUCCAGGUGGGACAGUCACCAUGUCUUGCAGGCUCGACAGUGUAAUCGCUGAUAGCAACUACCCUUUGUGGGUACAGAAAAAGCCUGAUAGUAAACCCCAGACACUUAUCCAUGACACCAGCGUCAGACCGUCUGAUGUUCCAGCUCGUUUCUCUGGUUCUAGAUCUGGGAAUGUGAUGUCCCUGACCAUCACGGGGGCCCUUCUGGAAGAUGAAGCUAUUUAUUACUGUUGUGCGUGGGCUGGGAGUCAGUGACACGGUGCUUCAUUCAGAUGAGGAAGUGAGACAAAAACCUCCUCUCCUUUGCUCUCUGUGCAUGUGAACAAAAUCUGAACCUCUGUUUGUUUGAUCUUCCUGUAGUGAAUGAGUUCCCAAAGAAAGGCUGGGGCUUUUUUCAGGCAACCUGUUCUUCCACAAUUUCUUCAGGAAGGUUCCACAAGAUCUACUGUUUAUUGACCAUGCAUUCUAUUAUGUUUGCAGGAAGGUUGUAUUAUAUUGUGCUGCAAAAACAUGUUAUAACACAUUUCCCAGUGCAUUUUCUCAUCAACUUCCUCAUUGCAUGCAAUUCCAAUGUUUGGAGGAAGUUGGUUGGUUGGACAUGAACUCCAAGCCACCUUUUAUUGUGCAACCUGAAUUUGCCAGUACAGUCAAACCUUGGUUCCGAAACAGCUUGGUUGCCAAACAAAUCGGUUCCCAAACACCGCAAACCCGGAAGCAAGUGUUCCAGUUUGCGAACAUUUUUCAGAAGCCAAACAUACGACGUGACUUCUGCUUGAGUGCAGGAAGCUCCUGCAGCCAAUCGGAAGCCAUGCCUUGGUUUUUGAGCAGUUUUGGGAGUCGAAAGGGCUCCCGGAACUGAUUAAGUUUGAGAACCAAGGUGCCGCUGUACUAUAUUGAAUUCUGUCCUAGCCCUCGCUGCCAGUUGGAGAAAUCAAACUCUCAGUAGGUUGAUGCCCAAUACCAUAGGUGCCAACUCCCUGGGUGCCUAAUCACCCACAAAAUUCCCCAGGGCCCGGUCAUCCACAAAUUUUGGUGCCAGGGCAUGGCACCUAUGGCUCUGCGCACCAAUGGUCGCGGGGCUAAGCUGACGCUCCUGCCCAAGACUUUAAUUCUUAAAUUAGAGUCGUGCCCAAGCAAGGCACAGCUACAAUGAACACAGGUGUGCAAGGGAAUCAGAUGCAAAGUUUGGUUCUGACCACUGUGAGAACAGGAGGUUAGACUAGAUGGGUCAUUGGUGUGACUGAGCAGGAUCUUCUUACUUUCUUCGGUCUGAGACAUUGAUCCGACAAGCGACACAUUCCCUGCACCUUCCUUUUCAAGAUUAGGUCAGGUACUACUCUUAGAGCAGCAAGCAGCCAGAGUCCCAGGACCAGGGAAGCCCAACCCAAGGGGGUUGAGGUUCUGAGGUCUGUUGGUGGCAAUGCUGGUGUCACACUGUCUCAGGAGGUGAUGUUGAUGGCAGCUCAGAAUCUGAUUUGCUCUCAGUAGCCUGCUUCUCUAAAGGAGACUUGUCAGCGACAAGGAGAGGCACUGUUUGUGUGUGUCUUACUCCACAGCAAAAGGGGUCUACGGUGUUACUGGAAGAGAACACCCUCAGCUCUCAUGCUUAUUCCCUGACCUGGAUCCAUAUCUCCAUUUUCCAUGCUACAAACCUGUUCUCUGCUCUCAAAGCCAAGGUGCCAAGGUUGAAGGACACUUGCCCUGGUAGAUGUUCUCCUUAAUGUUGGGCUACAUACGGUUCCUUAGGCAAAUGCAGUCUAAAUAAGUUCAAAAUAUGUUCCCCCCAUGGCUUCAUAUUUUCUGGUGCUACCCUAGGAACAAAAACAGGUUUGGGGGCUAAACUCUGGCAGCAUUCAAUGCAUUAAUGAACUGAGCCUGAUCUUCUGGUCCCAGUUUUGUUUUUAGCUAACUCAGGAGACAUUUCAGAGAUGGUGUGACCUGAGUUCUUUUGUCCCAGAUUCAUUCUGCAAAUGCCUUGGGCUAAGCAGAAACUAGACCACCCCAAUGAUUUAUAUGAGAUUGGCAGGGCAAGGGGGUGCGGGAAAGAAAAAUACAAGUUUGCCUGUUGCUGUACGCAAGGAAAGAGCUCUAAAAUGAAAAUUUAGUCCCUGAAUUCAGAUUCCCACUCCUCAGAUUCCCAGGUCUCUGAGCAUAUCACAGUCAGCAAGACUGCAGCUGCUUUUUCUGAGCUAGUCCUCCAGCAUCUAGAGACCAAAGUUAAGGAGUUACACAUUUGCAUGAAAGGGGCUCCUCCCUUGACCUCUGGGGAUUUAACAGAUGCUUUGCAGAUAUGAAUGAGAUCUUCUUUUCCUUCAGAGAAAACUAGCCCAGAAGAUUUCCCCAUUAUGCUUCUCUUCUCAAUCCUGCUGUCCAUCAUUGGUAAGGGGAAUUCACUUUUUGGAUGGGAUACAUUUUCUUUGAAGCAAAGAACAUGCGUCCUCUGGGCUCUAAAACCCUACAGCUUGCAGAACAUUUGGUGAUGCUACAUAGUAAAUUAAACUGCCAAACAAUGAAAUGCAUUGUUCUCUUCCAGGUCCCAGUGUCCAGCAGCUACAGAACUUGAAGGAUCCAGAAUUUGUGGCUCCGGGUGGGACGGUCACCAUGUCUUGCCGAUUAGACAGCGGGAGCAUCAGUGACAGCAACCAGCCUAUGUGGGUGCAGAAAAAAGCCGAGAGUAAACAUCGACUGAUGAUGUACACCACCAGGAACAGACCGCCUGAUGUUCCAGCCCGUUUCUCUGGAUCUAGCUCAGGGAAUGUGAUGUCCCUGACCAUCACGGGGGCCCUUCUGGAAGACGAAGCUGUUUAUUACUGUGCUGUGUGGACUGCGAGUCACUGGCACUAUGCUUCAUUCAGUUGGGGAAGUGAGACAAAAACCUCCUCUCCUUUGCUCCCUGUGUACAUCAACAGAAUCUGAACCGCCUUUCAAAGUUUCAGCGAUGUCUGCACCAGCACCGUGUUUUAAAAUCCUGAAUACCAAUCCCCAAAUGUAUGCAUACAAAGUAAAAAAAGAGAAAAGGAUCUCAACCUGCAGUAGAUAGGAAAGCAUUGGAAGAAUAUAUGGCUUGCAACCUACCAAUGCUAGUACUUCUUAUCACCACCGGCAGGGCAUAAUGUCUCAAAGGAGAGCGGCAGGGCCUGAAGCUUCAGAGGGAAGCUUUGCCCUGCUAGACCUCUCCCCUAAUCUUUGAUGAGUGUUGGGCCGCACAAAGUUGCUUCAGAAAAUGCCAGUUCUAUUUUUCUCAAAAAAUGUUUAGGAGUACCCUCAUUUUGACUCAAGAAAAUCACCAUUUUAUAGUUGAAAUUGGGAAAAAUAAAUACAGUAAAUGGACAAGAGUACAAAAAUUCAUGGGACACAGAUGGCGCUGUGGGUUAAACCACAGAGCCUAGGACUUGCCAAUCAGAAGGUUGGCGGUUUGAAUCCCCGCGAUGGGGUGAGCUCCCAUUGCUCGGUUCCGGCUCCUGCCAACCCAGCAGUUCAAAGCAUGUCAAAGGGCAAGUAGAUAAAUAGGUACCACUCCGGCAUGAAGGUAAACAGCAUUUCCGUGCGCUGCUCUGGUUCGCCAGAAGCGGCUUAGUCAUGCUGGCCACUUGACCCGGAAGAUGUACGCCGGCUCUCUCGGCCAAUAAAGUGAGAUGAGCGCUGCAACCCCAGAGUCGGCCACGACUGGACCUAAUGGUCAGGGGUCCCUUUACCUUUACAAAGAUUCAUAAAAUGUUUAGGGGUAUGCAUACCCCUGCAUCCCCUCAGGAAAAAAUCACUGCUUAAACAUAUUGAGAAGAACAGCUUUCUGUACCAGGGAUUCCUAUAUUCCAACCAGUGUUAUCACUGGGACAACAACAACAAAAACAACAACAGAACAGAUUUGGGUGUUGAACCCUAGCAUCUUCACUGAAUUCAAGGGUUGCUCCCCGUCCUGACCCCUUGGUCCAGGGAAUUAUUUUUAGCAAAUGCAGCCAUGCUGUUGCAGGCAUGGCGUGAGCUGAAAUGUUUUCUGCAGAUCCAUUCCUUCAAUCAGGCCAGGAUUCUUUUUAGUGCCUUGAGCUAAACACAGACUAGUCCACCCCUGGAUUAAUCAUGAAGGAAAGGACGCUGCCUGCCACUGUGUGUAAGGGGGGGGACCUAUAAAAUAAAGUAAUGCAAAAAAACAAAAAAACCAUAGCACAUUCUAAGCUUAAAUUCUGAAUCCAGUUUGUCAGUCCCAAGUCCUGAACAUGGCAUGACCAGGAGUUGGCAGCUGCUUUUUCUGUUAGUCCUCUACAGUAGUUAAGGAGCUAGACAUUUGCAUGAAGGGGCUGCUCCCCUGACCUCUGGGGAUUUAAGAGAGAUGGGGCGGAGGCCAAUGGGAUCUACUUUUGCUUUAGAAAAUCUAGCCCAGCAGUUUUCACCAUCAUGGCCUUGUUUCUCGUCACAUUCCUGAUCGCCAUCAUUGGUGAGGGAAAUUCAUUCGGUGAAUGGGGACAAAUCUGCGUAGAAAUAAAAGCAGUGAUCUUCUGUUCUCUAAAACCUUGUACUUUGCAAAAUGUUUGAUGUAGAUUAAUGUGCUGAGCAGUUCCCUGCCUUGCUUCCUUCCAGGUCCCAGUGUCCAGCAGUUACAGACUUUGAAGGACCCAGAAUUUGUGGCACCAGGUGGGACGGUCACCAUGUCUUGCAGGUUUGACAGUGGAAACAUCGGUGACAGCAAUGAGCCUUGGUGGGCACAGAAAAAACCUGGGAGUAGACCCCGGCAGAUAAUGUACACCACCAGCACCCGACCGUCUGACGUUCCAGCCCGUUUCUCUGGGUCUCGAUCGGGGAAUGUGAUGUCCCUGACCAUCACGGGGGCCCUACUGGAAGAUGAAGCUGCUUAUUAUUGUUGUGUGUGGACUGGGAGCCAGUGACACGUGCUUCAUUCGGAUGGGGAAGUGAGACAAAAACCUCUUCUCCUUUGCUCUCUAUGUGCGUCAACAGAAUCUGAACUCCUUUAUUGUAGCCUCUGUUUGUUUGCAUAGUGAAUGGUUUAUUGAGCAUGCAUCCUUGAACAGUUUCUGCAGGGAGGUUCAGAGAAGCCUGCCAUUUAUCAAGCACUCAUUCUCAGUCUGUGUGCACCGCUAGCACCAGAACGUCUGCCGUUCCAGCCCAUUUCUCUGGCUCUAGAUCAGGGAAUGGAAGGUCCUAAACCAUCACCCCUGGGCACCCAGUAGGUGUCACUGUUGCACUUUCAACUUUGGCUGGAUAGAGACACAUCAAGGAAGCGUUUCAGAUAAAUGUGUUGUAAAUUUAAACAGAGAAAACAGUAGUGGAAAACGGGGCUCCACAUUGCCAUCUGGCUGCAAAAUGUUAUAUUGCAUAUACAACGCAUAUAAACCGCUUUUGCUAUACCAAUCUAGCUGAGUCCUAAGUAUUGGCUUGCUUCAAAAUUCUCUCUGUGGUUCAGUUUUUGCUUAAAUCGUGCUGUGCAAUGUUUUAUAUUGUAAGUGUCUCUUUAUAGUUUAGAUUUGUAUUCGAGAUAUUCUUAUUCCCGCUUCCUAGAGAGCUUCAGUCAUGUGGUGUCAUAGAGAUAUUGUUUAUAUGAAUAAAUUAGAGUUGUCCUAAACCAACAAAGAGGGAUGCGGGUGGCGCUGUGGGUUAAACCACAGAAGGGUGGCGGUUUGAAUCCCCGCGAUGGGGUGAGCUCCUGUUGCUCAGUCCCUGCUCCUGCCAACCUAGCAGUCCGAAAGCAUAUCAAAGUGCAAGUAGAUAAAUAGGUACGCUCCAGCGGGAAGGUAAACGGCGUUUCCGUGCGCUGCUCUGGUUCGCCAGAAGCUGCUUAGUCAUCAUGCUGGCCACAUGACCCGGAAGCUGUACGCCAGCUCCCUCAGCCAAUAAAGCGAGAUGAGCGUGGCAACCCCAGAGUCGGACACGACUGGACCUAAUGGUCAGGGGUCCCUUUACCUUUACCUAAACCAACAACAGAAAAAGACAAAUAGAAUUUGCUGCUGUGAACCAGAGCCUUUCCCCUCACAUUGCGGGGUGGGGGUGGGGGAGAAUUGGACCUGGGAAGCCCUGUGGGUGUGUCAUGCAGAAAGUGGAAGCUUGGGGAAAUGGCUAAAAAUGGCAGUAGCAACAUUUUGACUUGGAUUUGUAUUUGACUGGAUGGUGGAUGCCAUUGUGAGGGAUUCUAAUCUACGUAUGGCUGUAUGCAAGGAAGGUCCUCUAAAAGAAAAGGAAACAAAGAAGGAAAACAUGAAUCUGUGAAACUUUUCUCUGAAUCCUGAUCUUUAUUUCUCAGAUUCCCAGCUCCCUGAUACCAUGACCAACAGAUGGCUGCUGCUUGUUCUGUGCUAGUCCUUCAAGAUCUAGACAGAGUAGUUAAGGAGCUACCCAUUUGCAUGCAGGGGCUGCCCCCCUGACCUGGGGAUUUAAGAGAGAUGGGGCAGAGGCCAGUGGAAUCUCUCUUUUCUUUCAAAAAACCCAGUCUGUAGAUUUCCUCAUAAUGGCCUGGAGCUUGUUCCUCUUCACAAUCCUGGUGUCCAUCAUUGGUGAGGGAGAUUCAUUGGGUGGAUGGAGGAUAAUUCUGAUAUGAAGCAAAAUGUUUGAUGUAGAUUAAUGUGCUAAGCAGUUCCCUGCCUUGCUUCCUUCCAGGUCCCAGUGUCCAGCAGUUACAGACUUUGAAGGAUCCAGAAUUUGUGGCACCAGGUGGAACAGUCACCAUGUCUUGCAGGUUCAACAGUGGAAGUAUCGGUGAUAGCAACUACCCAUGGUGGGCACAGAAAAAACCUGGGAGUAGACCCCGACGGAUAAUGUACGCCACCAGCACCCGACCGUCUGACGUUCCAGCCCGUUUCUCUGGGUCUCGAUCUGGGAAUGUGAUGUCCCUGACCAUCACGGGGGCCCUUCUGGAAGAUGAAGCUGCUUAUUACUGUGCUGUGUGGAUUGGGAGUCAGUGACACAGUGCUUCAUUCAGACGGGGAAGUGAGACAAAAACUUCUCCUUUGCUCCCUUGGUGCAUCAACAGAAUCUGAACUGCCUUUCAAAGUUUCAGUGAUGUCUGUACCACCACUGUGUUUUAAAAUCCCAUAUACCUAUCCCCAAAUGUAUGGAUACAAAGUAAAAAAUAUCUGAACUAGCAGUGGUAGAAUAUACGUCUGCUGUUCCAUCCCAUUUCUCUGGGUCUAGAUCAGCGAACUGAACGUCCUUGACCAUCAUGGGGGCAUCCAGUAGGUGUCACCGUUGCACUUUCCACUUUGGCUCAAUGGAGACACAUCAAAGGAGUGUUUUAUUGAAGGUCCACUGAGGUCCAGCACCGAGGGUCUUCUGGCGGUUCCCUCACUGAGAGAAGCCAAGUUACAGGGAACCAGGCAGAGGGCCUUCUCGGAAGUGGCGCCCUCCCUGUGGAAUGCCCUCCCACCAGAUGUCAAAGAGAACAACAACUACCAGACUUUUAGAAGACAUCUGAAGGCAGCCCUGUUUAGGGAAGCUUUUAAUGUUUAAUGUAUUGCAGUCUUUUAAUAUAUAUAUAUAUUUUUGGAAGCCACCCAGAGUGGCUGGGGAAGCCCAGCCAGAUGGGCGGGGUAUAAAUAAUAAAUAAUUAUUAUUAUAAUUCAUUGUUGUAAAUUUAAACAGCGUGGGUGGUGCUGUGUUCCAAACCACAGAGCCUAGGGCUUGCUGAUCAGAAGGUCCGUGGUUCGAUUCCCCAUGAUGGCGUGAGCUCCCGUUGCUCGGUCCCUGCUCCUGAUAACCUAGCAUUUUGAAAGCACAUCAAAGUACAAGUAGAUAAAUAGGAACCGCUCCGGCGGGAAGAUAAACAGCGUUUCCGUGCGCUUCUCUGGUUCGCCACAAGCAGCUUAGUCAUGCUGGCCACAUGACCCGGAAGCUGUCUGCGGACAAACGCUGGCUCCCUCGGCCUAUAAAAAGAGAUGAACGCGCAACCCCAGAGCAGUGGCAGCUGGUAACAUUUUGACUUGGAUUCCUAUUUGACUGGAUGGGAGAUUCCAUCUUGAGGGAUUGUAAUCUGCGUAUGACUGUAGUCAAGGAAGGUCCUCCAAAAGAAAAGGAAAAAGAAGAAGAAGGAAAAAAAUCAAUCUGCCGAACUUUUCUCUGAAGCCAGAUCCUUACUUAUCAGAUUCCGAGUGCUUGAUACCAUGACCAGCAGAUGGCUGCUCCUUUUUCUGUGUAGUCCAUCAACAGCUGGACACAGUAGUUAAGGAGCUACACAUUUGCAUGAAGGGGCUGCUCCCCUGACCUCUGGGGAUUUAAGAGAGAUGGGGCAGAUGCCAAUGGGAUCUCUUUUUUCUUUAGAGAAGCCCACUCUGUAGAUUUCCUCACAAUGGCCUGGGGCUUGCUCCUCUUCACAAUCCUGGCGUCCAUCAUUGGUGAGGGAGAUUCAUUGGGUGGAUGGGAAGCAAAUCUGACAUGAAGCAGAGAGAGGCAGAAACUGCCCUUCCAAGCCCUGCGCUUUGCAAAGUAUUUGGUGUUGUCCAAUUUAAAUUAACUGAUUCUUUGCCCUGCUUCCUUCCAGGUCCCAGUAUCCAGCAGUUACAGACUUUGAAGGAGACAGAAUUUGUGGCACCAGGUGGGACGGUCACCAUGUCUUGCAGGUUUGACAGUGGAAACAUCGGUGAUGGCAACUACCCUUGGUGGGCACAGAAAAAACCUGGGAGUAGACCCCGACAGAUAAUGUACACCACCAGCACCUGA